AUGCCCCGAAACAAGAAAGGUCGCCCAGGACGCAAGAACACGCCAAAUGCUGGAAGCUCUGCCCAGACCACUCAGUCUCAGCGGCCUGUCGAUUCUGCUGCCUCUGACAUCGUUAUGGGCUCUACUGAGCCUGCGACCCCGAUCAUUCCAUCAAUCACCCCUGCUGUUGAGGCGAGCUCCUCGUCUACCUCAGUCAAGCAGGUAUCUGAACAAAAUGCUUCACAGAGCAACGCAGCUGAGCCAUUCGAAUCAGCAGAUUCGGCCCAGCCCCGCGCCAAAAAGGCCAAGAUUGAAGAAGAGGAUGAAAAGCUCCCACCUCUCGUGCCACCCCGGGGCUCAGGUGCUCCAACCCCCAGCCCCAGUGGCGCCCUGUUACUCCCAGAGUCGCCCCCAGAGUCAGAUAUGUCCUCGAAUGAGGCACUCGAUUAUGACGACCCGGAUGACUCAGACUCAGACAGUGAAUCCAUCGAGGGCAGGCCCUUCAAAGCGAUGGCCCGUCAGCGAACCCGAAAGUACGUGAACGCCUUCCUGGAUAAGGGCAAAGACAAGCACUUUGUGGAUAUGAAGAUUGAUCCUCUUCUUGGUUGCGAAAGUUACUAUCCCUGGGUUUUUGCAAUUGAGAUUCAGCUCAAGAUGCAUCAGGUCUGGGAGGUUGUUGAGGAUGAUCUGUGUCCGUUGUCGAAGACCGACGAUCUGUACAUUUGGUAUGAGCGGAUGAAGGAUGUUGCGUGUGCGGUUAUCUAUGCGAAUGUUGGGCAGACUGUUCGGAAGAAUGGGUGCUUUAUUAACACGAUGAAGUCUGGAGAUCCGACAGAAGUCAUGAGCCAUCUUUAUUCUCAUUAUGGGCAUUUUGGUGAUGAGAUUGAUGGCCCCAAUGAGAGUGACGGUAGUGAUGAGUUGGAUUAA